UCCAUAAACCCAUCAGUCCCUCCAAUUAUCCUGGCGGACGAUGGUGCAGAGAUUCAGGAGGAGAUCCCAUCAGGGGCCAUAUUCCAACACGAAUGCAGCAACUGUACAUGUAGGAAUGGACGACUGAACUGCUCAUUCACUGUGUGUGUAACUGAUGGAGUUUUUUCCACAUGGAGCCCCUGGACUUCCUGUUCCCGCAGCUGUGGUGGAAUCGGUCACAUGACCAGAUCACGUGACUGCUCAAGCCCAGCACCAACCAAUGGCGGCAGAGACUGUGUUGGACCAAGAGUCGACUUUAAGUUUUGUCAGAGUCUGGACUGUGAAGUGUCUGUGCCAACAAGGGAACCUGUCAGUUUACCAGACUCUGAUGGGUUUUCCCCUUGGUCCCCAUGGACUCGUUGCUCCAGGAACUGUACAGACACAGAGUUUCCUAGCACCAAGACCCGAAGCCGUUCCUGUUGGAGACACCAGAACUGCACCGGGGAAACUUUCCAGGAACGACCCUGUAACCUGCCGCAGUGCACAA